AUGAUCAUGUAUGUUAAAAACACGGCUAAAACGAAUGAUGCAAAAGCAUGGGAAAAAUUAUUUAGUUUAUAUCCCGGCUUAGAACAACCCAUUCGAGAAACAUAUAAUGAUCCAUCCUCAGCAAGAAGAAUCUAUAUGCUAACACCAACAAAGACACGAAGUGAACAAAAACCAGAUUUAACACGAUUAGCACAAACAUUAUAUUUAAUACCAAAUUUACUAUGGAUAAUAAUUGAAGAUGAAGUGAAACCAACAUUACGUGUACGAAAAAUAUUAGAAUCAUUCAAUAUUCCAUGUGUACAUUUAAACUAUCCAACGCCAUCUUAUUUGAAAAUAACAGCAAAUCAGUCUUAUUGGAGAAAACCACGUGGAAUGUUACAAAAAAAUAUUGGUCUCGAUUGGCUGAGAAAUAAUACCCAACCGACAGAAGAUGCCUUGGUUUAUUUCGCGGAUGACGAUAAUACCUACCAUUGGAGAAUAUUUCGAGAGAUACGAAAAGUUCAAAAUGUUGGGGUAUGGCCUGUUGGAAUUGUCGGCGAACUACUUUACGAAGGUCCCGUGUGUACUAAAGGAAAGGUUCAUUCUUGGUUUUGUUACGUCUUUCGUAAUCGUCAAUUUCCUAUCGAUAUGGCUGGCUUUGCAAUUCAUUUACGUUUAAUUCAUUCACAUAAAGAUUAUUAUUUCAAUGUUAGUGCUGAUAGCAUUGGCCAGCAAGAAUCUCAUAUUCUUUCAACUAUGACAACAAUAGACGAGUUAGAGUGUCUAGCUAAUGAUGCAUCGAAAAUCUAUGUUUGGCAUACGAGAACAAUACCAACAUAUUUGACAUCAGAAGAUAGAUUAAAACGUGCUAGAUUGUCAUACGAUUUGUUAGAAGAAGUUGUAUAA